AUGUUCCGUUUUUGGAUCACAAUUUUCGUAUUAUACUUUAGAGCUUACGGUGUCUACGCUGGCAUAUCACCUGUUCAUGAUCUCAAAAACCAAAUUAAUGCAAAACUUGCUAAUGAAAGCGAAAACCGUGAUGAAACUAAAAAUGAAACAGAGGUUAUUGUUUUAGAUAAAGCUAUUAAUGUAACACAUUACGUUAACUCUGAUUCACAAGCUUACAAUAAAGAUGAAGUCGCUACGGGGGAAUUAUUAGAUGAUUGGGUUGAUGCAAAAGGCCAUACUUACGCUAUCAAUCCAGAUUUAAUUGCUGAGAUGGAAUUUGAUCAGCCAGAAAUAGACGAAGAGAUUGCAAAAGAAAAGAAAGAGAAGCAAAAAUUGGAAAGACUGGAGGUCAAAGCCAAGAAAGCGAUACUCUACGCUGGUGAUGUUGCAUACUUAACUGCUGCUAGUGUUGUAGCUAUGCGACGUGCUUUAACAGCUUCGAUCGAAGUACAAAUGUCCGUGAAGUUCGCUAAAAAUGGUAUGUCUAAUCAUCAAGAUUUGAUGAUGAAUCUGGCAAAAACUGCUGCCCAGCAAGCUGGCAAAGAAGCUAAAAGUGCAACUUCAAAAUCUCUUUCAUGUGAACGUGUCAUUAAGCUUGCUGUAAAAUACACUGCUCAGUCUCAAGGAGCGAAACUUAAUCACGUAGCUAAUAGAAUCGUUAUGGAUACCCUAUCUUUAGCAACACUCGCUAAGUCAAUGGCUUUUGUUUCAUCAGAUAUUGCUAUAAAUUCUCUUUAUCAAGCUACAGAUAUUAAACCUCCUUCU